AAACAAACAAACAAAAAAAGGGCAAUAUUAUUGCUGGCCUGUUUUCUCUUCCUUAUCUUCUCCAGUUCCCCUCUGUGCUCCAUUCUUGAAGCUCGCGCCCCUCUUCACGAGCACUUCUUCUUCCCUCACAAUCUCCCAAAAAAGAUAUAUAAAGAAAAAAAUAAAAUAAACAGUCCCCAAAAAUCUGAAAGUUUGAUGCAAAAAACCAAGCAAAAAAAUCAGACUUUUUCCCUUCAAACUACUCCCUCAUUGCUGAAAAAUUAUCCAGCUUUCUGGAAACCAAUUGCUUCUCAAAAUCCAGCACUUGUCACUCAUACCCAAUAAUCUUGAAUCUUUGAAAAAACCCCAAAAAGGAAAUAAAUGAAGAGAGAUCGAGAUCGAGAAAGAGAAAGAGAAAAAACCACCUUCCAUGGCGGUUCCCAUGGUGGCUCUUCUGGUAAAGGAAAGAUUUGGGAAGAAGAUGAAGAAGAACAACCAGAUGCAGGAAUGGAUGAGCUUUUAGCUGUUUUGGGUUAUAAAGUUAAGUCAUCAGAUAUGGCUGAAGUUGCUCAAAAACUUGAACAACUUGAGAUGGCUAUGGGUACAACUAUGGAAGAUGGAAUCAGUCAUCUUUCUACUGAUACAGUUCAUAAAAACCCAUCUGAUCUUUCUGGUUGGGUACAAAGUAUGUUAUCUUCCAUUUCAACAAAUUUCGAUAUGGGUAAUACUCCAGAAAACGAAUUAGUUGUUUCUGGUUGUGGCUCUUCUUCAACCAUCAUCGAUUUCUCAAAAAACGAACAAAAUCGCACAAUUUCUGAUGAUGAUUUAAGAGCUAUUCCUGGUGGUGCUGUUUUCAGAGAUUCAGAAAGUAAUAAUAAAAGGCAAAGAUCCAGUCCAAGUUUCUUAACAGAUUCAUCAGCAAGACCAGUUGUACUCGUCGAUUCACAAGAAACUGGUGUUCGUCUUGUUCAUACUUUAAUGGCUUGUGCUGAAGCUGUACAACAAGAAAACUUAAACGUAGCUGAUGCACUUGUUAGACAUAUUGGUAUUCUUGCUGUUUCACAAUCUGGUGCUAUGAGAAAAGUUGCUACUUACUUUGCUGAAGCAUUAGCAAGAAGAAUCUACAAAAUUUACCCACAAGAUUCAAUUGAAUCCUCAUACACUGAUGUUUUACAGAUGCACUUUUAUGAAACUUGCCCUUAUCUCAAAUUUGCUCAUUUCACAGCAAAUCAAGCUAUUCUUGAAGCUUUUACAAAUUGCAACAAAGUUCAUGUUAUUGAUUUCAGUUUAAAACAAGGUAUGCAAUGGCCAGCACUUAUGCAAGCUUUAGCUUUACGUCCUGGUGGACCACCUGCAUUUAGACUUACUGGAAUUGGUCCUCCACAGCCUGAUAACACUGAUAAUUUGCAACAAGUUGGAUGGAAAUUAGCUCGGUUAGCUGAGACCAUCGGUGUCGAAUUUGAAUUCCGGGGUUUUGUUGCUAAUUCAUUAGCUGAUCUUGAUGCUUCCAUUCUUGAUAUUAGGCCUAGUGAAACUGAAGCUGUAGCUGUUAACUCUGUUUUCGAGCUUCAUCGAUUGUUAUCAAGACCUGGAGCAAUCGAAAAAGUAUUAAACUCUAUCAAACAAAUUAACCCCAAGAUCGUUACACUUGUUGAACAAGAAGCGAAUCACAACGCGGGUGUUUUCAUUGAUAGAUUCAACGAAGCUUUGCAUUAUUACUCAACCAUGUUUGAUUCAUUAGAAAGUUCUUCGUCUUCACCAACUGGGUUACCUCAACCUCCGGUGAACAAUCAAGAUUUGGUUAUGUCGGAGGUUUAUUUAGGGAGACAGAUAUGUAACGUCGUGGCUUGUGAAGGUUCCGAUCGAGUUGAACGACAUGAAACACUGAAUCAAUGGCGAGUUAGGAUGAACUCAUCUGGGUUCGAUCCGGUUCAUCUGGGUUCAAAUGCCUUCAAGCAAGCUUCCAUGCUUUUAGCUCUGUUCGCCGGCGGCGAUGGUUACAGAGUGGAAGAAAACGAUGGGUGUCUUAUGUUGGGUUGGCAUACACGGCCACUCAUAACCACCUCCGCCUGGCAGCUCAUGCCGGACUCCGGUGCCGGCGCCGGAGAAGUCGAGUCGUAAGCGAGUUAACUCGGGGUGGGGUGGGUGAAGAGACAGUGAGAGAGACGUGCCUUAAAAUGAGUCAAAUCAAUGUUUUUUUACUUUUUAACCUCUUUAUUUAUAAGUCAGCCUCUUUAUUUACUUUUUAACCACUCUUAUAUUUUGUUGUAGUUUCUUUUAUUUCGUUUAUGGCCUAUUUGUGGUUGGUUAGAUUUUUUUUCCUCCACUCAUUUGUAUGUCAAGAUGUAUCUAGAGAGUGAUUUGGUGUUUGAGGAAAAAAAUCUUUUAUUUUACUUUGGCUGAUUGGGAGUUGUGAAAUAAAUAAUUUAUAUUCUAAGUUUUUUAUUUUA